GAACGAGUGCUCAGCUCGGCGGGGACUUCCGUUUCCGGUCGUUCCGUUUUGCAGGCAGUCAGAUUUGCACGCCCAAUACAUGUAGUGAAUCAUAAAAGAAAUAAACGACAUGAAGAAGUAAACAUGAGCCAUGUAGAGCGGAACGUCGCCGUGCACGCGCAAGGUGGUGACGGCGAGCCAGCCGCACCGCCCCCGGCCGAGGGCAGGAUCAUUGCAGCAUUAGUGUCCGCAGGUCUCAGCGGGACCUGCGCUGUCCUCGGAGCUGCAGCGGCGAAAAUCGAUUUGGGGUCGAUGUGGCGCUGGGGCGCUACCGACGACUUUGCCCUGGCUCUGGGUCUCGCCAGCGGCGUGGUGGCGCUGGAGGCUGCGCUGUUCGGGCCGCGCUGGGACCUGCUGCUGGCGGGCGCGGGCCGGCCGGGUGCGCGGCCGGGCGCAGUGGGGCUGCAGCUCAAGACGGGCGGCGUGGGCUCGCUGCUGAGCGCCGACAGCCUGGUGGCGGCGCUGGUGCUGGAGCAGGCGUGCUGGGUGGCAGCGCAGGUUGUGCGCGGGCGCGGCGGCGCGCCGCCCGGCCCUGACGGGCGUGUCCCUCCAGAGCCUGCUGCGGCCGCGGUGACGGACGUGGGUCUGGUGCUGGUGCGGGAGGCUGCCAAGGAGCUGCUGCAGCGGGGCCUGGUGUUUACGUUCCUGGCCACCUGGCUCACCGACCGCGCCUUCGAGGCCGGCGCCGACGACCUCAUUGGACUGGCCUCGGGGCCGCUGGCAUCGGCACUCCUCAGCCUGGGCGGCGCCAGCCCCGCACUGGGCGCGGCCGCCGCCGCCGGCUCGGUGGCUGAGGUGUACCUGCCCGACGCGGUGCGCUGGGCCACUGCGGCCCUGGUGACUGCCAGCCUGGUGCCGCCGGUGCUGAACGAGGCAGAGGCACUGCGGCUGGGCGUGGCCAGCAACCUGGCGCUGGUGGAGGUGUCGCAGCUAGAGGCGGCGGAUGAGCGCAUGCAGGCGGAGCAGGUGCGGCGGAAGGCCGCGGCGGCAGCCGCCAACGCGGCGGUCGCCGAGAUUGCCGCCGCGUCCUCGCCGGCAGGCGCCGCGUCUGACGCGCCCGGGAGCGGCGUUGCUGACAGUGAGGACGGGUCUGGCUCAGAGGAGGGCGGCGGCGGCGGCAAGUUGGACGAGGGCGAUGACGACGAGGAGCUGGAGGGCAUGCUGCGCGAGUACCGCCUGGUGGAGGCGCUGGGCAGGUCCACGGCCACCGGGCCACCGCGGCUGACGUACGCGCUGACGCUACUGCGCGGCCUGCUGCGCUUUGGCUCCGUUAACCUGGCAUUCGCCCUGACCGGCAACCUGGCCGCCACGCUGGCCGCCUCCGCGCUGCCCAACCUGCUGCUGCUGGCCUACGUGCGGGCAGGGCCCAAGGUGCUGCUGGAGCGGCCGCCGCCGCCCACGGGCAAGGCCGCCACCAAGCGGAGAGCCGCCAGCGCCGCCACGGCACGGGGGGCGGCGCCACGUGACAAGGACGAGCCGUGAGGGGCAGGGCCACAGAAGAGAUGACGGGGCAGGUGCUCAUUGGGGUGCAGGGAAACGCGGUGUUUGCUGCGUCGAUGGGGAUAAAGCGCUAGUGUGCAGGCCUCCUGAUAGUGUGCUCAAAGGUCAGGCUGAAGGGCGGCGGGCUUGCGGGGUCAGGAGGCGUGCUGUGCCGGAGACCGGAGUCCGAGGCAAGAACGCGCACGUGCGGUGCUGCAUGCGAACGAAUGACGAGUGUGGUGGGAACGAAUGCGUACGUAGACCAGAGCGGACGGCGGAGUGGGCUUGCAGGUGGCACGAGAGUAGGCAGUCAGUAGCGCAAGUUGCGAAUUCACAUGUUACCUCGUAACGAAUGCAGUCUGUUUAAGCCCUAGCGGUUCCGCACUACUAGUCUCCGCUUUUCCGACAUUAUUUCGUGACUCGGGCUGCACAGUGCCUGCCGACUCCUCUCUGGGCUCCCUGGGUUGCUGGGCUGCCUUGCGACGACAAUGCUCCGCACUACCGUGUAAUGUCGUUCGCCGGGAAAAGCUGCAAGUACUACGUGCCCGCCUAUGGAACCCCGGGGAACGCUGAACAGCUCAACGGCACGUCAGGAAAGCAGCUGGUUAUUGACGCUGCUGUAAGAACUUGUUAUC